GCGCUCGACUUUCCUUCCAGCCUCGACGAUGCUUGUUUCGAUCCAUUAUACUCUGCUCACAUAGUCUUGACUCGCAAAGAUUACGGGUCCACCGUUGCUAAUACUCGUUAACUAGCGGCACACGACAUGGGCUCUCCACGUUCAUUCACGGUGCUCGGCGGUGGUCUCUCAGGCUUGUCUGCAGCUUUUCAUCUUUCCAGACGCUUUCCUGCUCGUACUGGAACCAGAAUAACUCUUUUGGAGAAGUCGUCCAGACUAGGAGGAUGGGUACAAUCGGAGCGCGUCCGCGUAAAGGACAAGCACGGGCACGAGGCUGAGAUCCUGCUUGAGAGCGGCCCUCGCACGCUGCGCCCCGCUUCGAAAGCUGUUCUCGAGAUUAUCCAUCUACUCAACCUAGAGUCUUCCCUCUUAACUGUCCCACGGAAUGCUCCCGCUGCCCGGAACCGAUUCCUACAUGUUCCCGGAUCCAAGGGCCUUCUGACGAUCCCGGGUUCGCUCCCUGCUCUGCUCGUCUCGCCCUUGGCGAAGAUCCUGGUCCCUGCCAUGUACAGGGACUUUCGCAGAAUCAAUGGCACAGUCCUCAACGCAUCGUCUCCCAAUGACGAGUCGGUUGAUGCGUUCUUCACGCGUCACUUCGGGCCCGAGUUUGCCCGGACCUUUGGUAGCGCGCUCAUCCAUGGCAUAUAUGCCACCGACUCGCGACUACUCAGCGUACGGGCAGCGUUUAGUGCCGUGUGCCGAUUGGAGGAAAGCGGAAAUGGCAGUGUCGUGCGCGGGGCCCUCAGGGAGAUGAUGUCUUCCUUGCGAAAGCGCAAGUCGCAAAGGAAGACAGUUGACGAAGAGGCGGAGGCGUACGAUAUGGGCGAGGUUGCGCAUCUCAUGAAGGGUGUUAGCGUUUACUCCUUCCGAGACGGGAUGCAGACCCUCACAGAUGCGAUGGCGAGCCGAUUACGACAGCAGGAGAAUGUGGAAAUUAUCCAUGGAGAUGGUGCUGCAUCGUUGAUCAAGACCGUCGAUGGUUUCCAGGUGAUCACUAGUUCCGGAAGAGAGAUCGCUACUUCGCAGCUCAUAUCUGCGCUACCACUGCCACUCCUUCACCGGCUGCUCACCACCUCGAAUCAUACUUCUCUUGCCCCCAGCUCAAACCCUCUUUCUCAGUCGCAUCCGGCAACACCCUCCGUUCAGCGCAGGUUGCCCCCUCCACCUUUCCCUCACCCAGCGCUAUCCGCGCGCAGUGGUAUACCUGGACGUUAUGAAGCGUCAAAUCCCCAUCCGAACAUCGUUCCUCCUGCCAGCUCGCACGCAUCGACAUCCCUCCGCAACACUGUCCCCCCGCUCCCUCACGUCCUGGCCAAUCCUUCCUCGUCCGUCACUGUCGUCAACAUUGUCUUCCCUCCCUCCGACACUCCGAUCCACCCAGAGGGGUUCGGCUACCUCAUCCCGCGUCCCGUAUCAGACUACCCCUCCCAGGGCACCACCCUCGGCAUGCUAGGCACCGUCUUCGACUCAUGUUCGCUAAACGGCCAGGACAUAUCGUUCUCUGCAGACCGCCGCUCGCCCAAAUUCACGAAGGUGACGGUCAUGCUCGGGGGUCCGUACGGGCCUCCCUCCCCCGAUCCAAGUUCCGCGGAAUUUCUUCCUGCGCUGUUGGGUGCGCUCCAGCAGCAUUUGGGGCAUCCCGAGCCUCUGCCCGAGCCCUGCUUAGUUCGCGUCAGGCGACAUCCCGACUGCAUCCCGACGCUGACGGUGGGUCACGUGGCGCGCAUGGCGGAGCUUCGCGAAGCUGUUCGGGAGAAGAUGGGUCAGGGCGCGGCAGUUAUAGGAGCUGGUGUAGGUGGGGUGAGCGUCGGCGAUUGUAUAGAGAGCGGCAGACGUGUCGCCCUGGAGUUGUAACUUUAGAUUGUACCGCGCAUUAUAUCUACCUUCUGUUGACCAUCAGGGACCGCAGCGGACGCGCCGCUGGUGUGUCCUGCUGUCUGGUCGAGGUCUGACCAGCGUCGAGUACUAUUCGGUCAAAUCAUCUUUUCUCUCGC